UGUCUCCCAGUUAACAUUGGUGCUCUUCCCUCGGUCUCGGUCUCGGUCUCGGUCAGGUCGAUUUGUAGAGCUCGAUAAUUUAAUGCGUGUCAUAUUUAUUGCUUAUCGCGAAGUCGUUCGUUCAUCGACCGUUGCUUGUUGCGGUUCGCGAGUGAAGUGUUUAUGAUCGCAGAGCAGCCUGCAAAAGAAGAAAAGCAGACAACAAAAGUCGCAAAAAACAGUGUUCUACGAUUUUGAUUGAUUCUUCCGAUCGAGUGUGGGGAUCCUAGCAACGGAGCACGUAUUCGAGAUUUUUCACAACUUUAGAGCUUAAUUGACUCCGGUUGAGGACAUUCUUUCUACUCGCCGCGGUGUUUUUUUGUUUCUGUUUCGCUCCCGCCCGAAGAAAUUUAAACAAAAUUAAGAAGAAGGAUAUAAAAAAUUGCGGCACGAGUUGCAAAGUUUUCUCAAGCCAUCAAUUAGAGGGAAAUUCCGGUCGGACGGCAGCGGAAGAGCAUAAGCCAACCGAGGGAUAAAAAAUGGCUCAACGCAACAGCAGCAACACCCAGCAUAAAAAGUCCAGAAGAAGAAAUAUAUUGAACCUUAUUCCGUCGGUUGGCCUAUAUAUGCUCAGCCAGUUGGUCGGGCUAAGCACCCAGAGCUGCAUUAAUGGAGGCGUCCUGUUGAAAUCCGGUCUGGACCCGUCCGAUAAGUAUGAUAUAUUGGAGGAGCACAACAAAUUGCGACAGGCGGUGGCAAAAGGACUCAUACCGGGGCAACCGGGCGCGGAAAACAUGCUGGAAAUGCAAUGGGACGAUGAGCUGGCUAGUCGGGCACAAGCUUGGGCAGAUCAGUGUCUAUUCAAGCACGAUCCCAAAAAGAAACUGGCUCGUUUCACCAUGGGUCAAAACUUAGCAACGAUAUGGAGCACGGCCACGCUGGACGAUGAUCAUGAUAGCGAUUUUCCAGGUCGCAUCCGGAAAUGGUUCGACGAGGUGAAAAAGUACUCGUUCGGGGCCAAAUUUUCUCUAGCCACCGGGCAUUACAUGCAGCUCAUUUGGGCAGAUACGUAUCUCGUCGGAUGCGGCUAUUCGUACUACUAUUCCGGCCAGAAGUACAACAAAUUAUACGUUUGCAAUUACGGACCGGCCGGCAAUGUCCAAGGUCAGCAGCCAUACAUCACCGGACGUCCGGCCUGCGAGCAGCACGGUCUGUCCAAAUCCUACACACAUCCGGGACUGUGUUUGGCCAACGGCGGUGACGCUUCCGCUCUUUACCAUCACAAUAGCAACAACGUGAUUCCUCCGAAUUAUUACUCCUAUCAAGGCUCGUCAAAUAAUCAUGAGAAUCAACACUACACUUCAGCGCCUCUGCCGGUGGCAUCAAUGGCCUAUACAGCGGCACUACAGCCGUCUUCUUAUCAGCCACCCCAGCACCAGCAACAGCCGUAUGACAAUCAUAUCCUCUACAACUUAGUGUUUGAUCAACAUAAACAACAGCAGCAGCAACAGAAUCAUUAUCAGCAACAGCAUCCGGCAGUCCAGCAAACAUAUCAUCACCAUCAGCAGCAGGCACAACAAUUGCGACCCGCUGUAACGACCAUGAUGACCUUCCUCAAACCGACCGCGACUGCAGCCAGCAACAUUCUCAAGUCACCCUUUUUGACCUACCGGUGGGAUUUGCUGUUCAAUUUCCUGCACUGAAAGCCACAGCAAAAGAGCUAAAGAGGAGAGUCACUAGAAGAAGGUAAGCGUUAUUUUGAAGGCACUCGAGUCCGCUUCAAGAGGCCCACUCGGAAAAGCGUCCAAAUUCCGUUCGUUCUACCUACCUUUACAAGCUAACUCGAGCACAAACAACGAAUGCGAAUAAACGGCGAGACGUUCCGAUGGAUCAGAGAAGCAGAGAAACUUGGCUUGCAGUUGUUGUUGUCCUUGUUGCUGCAACAGGAUGAAACUGAAUCCGGUGUUACAACUUCCCCACCCCCUGUUCCAAUUCGAUUCCAACAAACGCAAAAAACCUACAAGAAAUUGGAAACAUCAGGAAUCAGGAAAGGAAUUUCGAGGUUAGGAUAAGUGGUGACAUCACCUGGACCAUUCCAUUGUCAUCCUUAUUGGAAGCACAAAUAGAUUAGGAGAAUGCGUGAAAAAAGAACGAUGAAACAAUUGUGUAUGUUGACCAAAGAAUGAAUCCCUAGCUUAAGUAUGUAUGUAGAAGAACUAGAAAAAAUAAAUAAAUCAAUUAUCCAGAAUAGUUUAAGGUGAAUAAUAAGCAGGCAUUUAUAACAAAUUUAAGAAAGUGGUGUAAGACAUCUAAUGUAUUGUUAAGCAUCAAUCUGCGUUGUGAGUUUAAGACAUAUUCUAUCCAAAUGGAAACAUUUACUAAAUGUAUGUUGAAGGCAUUGAUGACAGAUUUCUCAUCGGAUAAUUCAUCCAAAUAGUAUGUAACAGAUAACCCAGUUAAACUAACAAUAAAAUUAUAUGUGAUUAAAUUUUCAAUUAAUGAAACACAUGUAGAU